CCAACUUAGAUCGUCAAUGCCGAGCCCUUCCACAUCGGCCAACUCCCGAGAUGCCUCAACCUGGUGAAUCAUAAAAGCAAUUAGAGAAGCACCAUAAUGAGUGAAUGAAUCUCCAUAGGCGCCUUUCCAGGUUGACAGACGGACGUGAGGUCAGCCCGCCGGGGUUAAGACACGUCAAGGUUAGCUGCCUGGAACUCAACAAUAUGAAACUCUCCUCUUCACCCACACGAUGCGACGAGAAUAACAAGAUGCAUCGAGUACCAACCUCCCAGACGAAUACCACCCUCAUCCAAGAGUCCAGGUAAAAGUCAAAGCGAGGAACAUGACCGUCACCGAAUUCGCCCUCCUCCAUCUCCGCCACCCCCUUAGUGCUUCCACCCCUUCCCGCCUCCUUCCCACGCUCGCUACGGCAAUGCGUCUCCAAGACCAAUGGCACCUCACCCACUUCCCGCACCUCCCAUCCUCUGCCGCCGACCGCGCCGCAGUCUGGUUCACACAGGUCGAGGAUCCCUCGUACCUUCUUACAACCGCGAACUGGGAGUCUGUCGCGGCACACUGGAAGUGGAUUCGCAGCGCGGAGAAUAAGCGUGUCAUGGCCGAGUUGGACGGGGAGGUCAUCUCCGGGGAGACGGUGCUGCUCCAUGUUGUAGGGGAUAUCUUUUGUUCGUCUCCAUCUCGGUCGAAGUCCGAGCCGGAGACGAUACCGUUGCUGAGAAGCCCUGUCAUUAGUAUUCAGAGGACUUUUAUCGAGAAGCGAGAGAAGGAGGCGUUUGCUGUCAGGUUCGAGCAGAUCAAGGGCAUUGUGCAAGAGCAUGCCCACCCCUUUCUGAUGCGGUACGGUUGGCGGGAGGAUGUCGAGGACGACGCGGAAGAGGAGGAGUUUGUGCUUGUCUGCGGGUGGGAGAGCGUUGAAGAGCACUCUGCGUGCGCCGAAACUUGGGAAUCCUCCAAGUACAGCGAACUGCGCGAGUUGGUUGCGCGGGUUGAUUUGAAACAUUAUACGCGGUUAUCGCUGGAGUAG